GAGUUGAUAAGGGAUAAUCAAAAACGCCACAGCGCGGAUCGAUGAAUCAGUUGCAGCGAAAGCUCGUGUCGUGAUAGCAAGUUUGCCAAGUUUUCAUAUCAUAAUGGCAGCCUAUUACUGGGUCGAUACAGUGGCGCGCAGACGCGUUCCCUCUACGGCCCUACGGGGUGGAACCGACGUGGACGGUCAACCCAUCUACGUCGGAAGGGCCUUCCACGAGGGUGACUGGAUCCCAGCGAAGGUCAUUCCCGGCAAGCAAGUCGCUUACGUAGCCUACGGCGGCAGAGAAAUACCGAAAAGUCAGUUCCAGGUUCUCUGCGAGCAGCAAUUCGACUGGGUACCAUCGAGACACGGCCACGUCCCACCCGACGCGGUGAUCGGGGGGAAAACCUCCAGUGGGGAAAACCUCUAUAUAGGCAGGGUUCGACACAGGGGAUCGCACACUGUGGGCAAGGUGCACCCGAGUCACAAAUGCUGUUACAUCCCUUUCGAUGGGAAAGAGGUACCCCAUCAGGAUUACGAAAUACUGGUACUUAGGGGUUAGGUUGGCGCACGCGUAGUUGGGUUUUUGUAUUUUCAAUAAUA